GCGUGCUCUGCGCCGCCACGGCGGGGACGGUUCAAGAUGGCCGCGGGAGAGGAGGAGGCGGCGGCGGGGACGGAGACGGAGUCGGAGGCGGCGGUGGAAGAGCUGCGGAGCUUCAAGGACCUGGGAGUGACAGAUGUGCUGUGUGAAGCUUGUGACCAGUUAGGAUGGAAGGUGCCAACGAAGAUCCAAGUUGAGGCUAUUCCAGUGGCUCUCCAAGGCAGAGAUGUCAUUGGACUGGCAGAAACUGGCUCUGGAAAAACAGGAGCUUUUGCUUUGCCAAUUCUUCAAGCACUGCUGGAAACACCUCAGCGGCUGUUUGCUCUUGUCCUCACACCAACAAGGGAGCUGGCCUUUCAGAUCUCAGAGCAGUUUGAAGCUCUCGGAUCCUCUAUCGGUGUCCAAACUACUGUUAUUGUGGGUGGCAUUGACACAAUGUCUCAAUCUCUGGCCUUAGCCAAGAAACCACAUGUUAUAAUUGCAACCCCCGGCCGUCUGGUUGAUCAUCUGGAGAACACAAAGGGCUUUAACUUACGUGCUCUGAAGUUCCUAGUGAUGGAUGAGGCUGACCGGAUUCUUAACAUGGAUUUCGAGACAGAGGUGGAUAAGAUACUAAAAGUGAUUCCUCGAGACAGGAAGACAUUUCUGUUUUCUGCCACCAUGACCAAGAAGGUUCAAAAACUCCAGCGUGCUGCUCUGAAGAAUCCUGUUAAAUGUGCUGUUUCUUCCAAGUAUCAGACAGUUGAAAAACUACAGCAGUACUACAUUUUCAUCCCCUCAAAAUUUAAGGACAGCUACCUGGUUUAUAUCUUGAAUGAACUAGCUGGUAACUCUUUCAUGAUAUUCUGUAGUACCUGUAACAAUACUCAGAGGACUGCUCUACUGCUCCGCAACCUGGGUUUCACUGCCAUUCCUCUCCAUGGGCAGAUGAGUCAGAACAAACGUUUGGGCUCUCUAAACAAGUUCAAGGCAAAGGCACGUUCUAUUCUGCUGGCUACUGAUGUUGCAAGCAGAGGUCUGGACAUACCCCAUGUAGAUGUGGUGAUAAACUUUGAUAUCCCUACGCAUUCUAAGGAUUACAUUCAUCGUGUUGGGAGAACAGCUCGAGCUGGAAGAUCUGGCAAAUCUAUCACCUUUGUCACACAGUAUGAUGUGGAGCUAUUCCAGCGCAUCGAACACCUGAUUGGCAAAAAGCUGCCAGCGUUCCCCAUGCAAGAGGAAGAAGUUAUGAUGCUGACAGAGCGUGUGGCUGAGGCCCAGAGAAUUGCUCGAAUGGAGCUGCGGGAGCAGGGAGAGAAGAAGCGAUCUCGGAAUGAUAAUGAUGAUGACACAGAAGAAGCUAUUGGUGUCAGGAAUAAGGUGGCAGGUGGGAAAAAGAAGAAAAGAAAAGCCUUCUAGUUCAGUAUUCAAACAGACUUUUUUAUUUUUCUCUUCAUGGCUAUAUGAACUGGCAAAAACGGUCUACCAAGCUAUCUCCAGUGGAUUUUUUUUUUUAAACUACAUGUGAACUUGGGUGGUCCAUGAGGAAAACAACUUCUCUUCUGCUUUACCAGCUACAGACUGAGCUUGGACCAUUGUGGUACCAUAGUACCAGUCUUCUGUUCAGAGACAUCAUUAGAGACUGUCAGCUCUGGACCUGGAAGCAGCUGUGGUCUGGCCCUGCUCAUUCACAAAGUGCAGUGUGACUGCAGCUUUUGCACUGCUGCAGCCUGUCUCACUACCCAGUCUCACUGAGUGCAUCUGGGGUCAGAUAGAUCUGUCAGAAAAAGUUAAAAGAAGUGACUGAGUUUUCACAGGGAUGUGUUAUGUGGAGAACUCCAAAUAUAUUUUGGUUAAUUUUAAAGCUA